AAUUCAGAAUCGGAUUUAGGGCCAAACCAAAACGAAAUUACCAGAAACUGAGAGAAGGAAGAAGAAGAGGAGGAAGCUCAGCUGCACAAWUCCAGCUUCGUCUUCUCUCUCGUAAUUCUUGUCAAUGGCAGCUUUUGCUCUCUCUAAUUACUCCCUCUUCUCUCCUCGCCCUUCUACGUCAUUCUCCUUCAUUUCUUCUUCCUCCGAAACCCUAGAAUCCACAUCCCCGAUUCAGCAACCUCUCUGUCUUCUUCAUAAUCCUCGCCGUAGCCCUCGUCUCUGUAAACCAUUAUUAAGUUUCUCUCCCUCCUGUUCUUCUGCAGUCAGACGUUCAUUCAUAUCGUGUCUUUCUGCUCAAGACUCUGUUGCCAAUGUACAUAAAGAAGAGGAUGAUGGAAAAGCUGUGGAAAAGGCAGGAGAUCAGCUUCAUGAAUCUAGUCUGCAGACCCUCAUUAAUGUAUACAGAGAAGCUUUUCUUGAUGGAGACCAAAAGACUGUUUCUGAAGUUGAGGCUAGACUAAAAAUAAUAGAGAGGGAGAAGAAUGGAUUGUUCCAGAAAGUGUCCAGUAUAUCUGCGGAGAUAACGUCUGGAAAAGAGAAAUAUAUACGCUUACAAGCUGAUUUUGAUAACUUCAGGAAAAGRUCAGAAAAAGAAAGACAUACCGUGAAGAAUAAUGCCCAAAAGCAAGUUAUUGAGAGUCUAUUACCAAUGAUUGACAAUUUUGAGAAAGCCAGGCAACAAAUUAUUCCUCAAACUGACAAGGAGAAGAAGAUUGAUGUAAGCUACCAGGGUAUAUACAAACAAUUCGUGGAGACCUUGAGGAGCUGGCAGGUCUCCUCUGUAGCCACUGUGGGAAGGCCAUUUGAUCCCUCUUUACAUGAAGCCAUAGCACGAGAGGAGUCAUUGGAGAUCAAGGAAGGAAUCAUCAUUCAAGAAUUACAACGCGGGUUUCUGCUUGGAGAGCGACUUCUAAGACCAGCAAGAGUAAAAGUAUCCAGAGGUCCUGGUAGGAAGAAUUCCCCCACAAUCAACUCCGAGAAACCGACAGAGCAACGUGCAACUGCUGCUCAAGUAGACGAACACUAAUUAUGCAACGUUCCAAGUUCAUCUCGCUGCAAUGGAUUUAUCGUCUUAAUACGGCACCAUGAUGUAAAUGUAUCGCUUAGACUUUCUUUUCAACUAGGUUUUUGAUCCUUGCCAUUCUUAGGAGAGCACUGAAGAAGAAGAACUCACUCUCUCCAUAUCAUUUCUGUUUUAUACACGUGAAAAAAGGGCAAAAUUGGGCUCAAGGGUUGAUUUACAACCUUCUUAUUUACCAGCAGUCACUUGCUAUCUUUAUUUGAUUUCCCUCUUCAAGAAAAAACCCAUUCAGAAAAUCAUCAACUUCUUGGGAAGUACUUGUAAGUGGGUUACAUGAGAUGAACCUUACGGAAGUAUUGUUUUACCA